UAGAAGGCCAUUUUCGGAACGGUCGCGCGAUCUGACAGCAUGGCGGCGACUGCCGUGGACGCCGCGGCAAAGCAUGCGUUCGCGUACGACGGAGGAAUGGUCGUCCUUAUAGACGAGCACACGACCGUCUCCAAGUGCGGCAACGUGCUCAAGUUCUCGUCCAUCGUGAGCAACUCGCAGCACUUUCUCACUCGGUCAAAGUCCACUCGGAUCACAUCUUUCGACGCCAACGCGAAGGCAUCGCACGUUGCCGUCGCCGCGUGCGAAGAGCGCGCGGAAGUGUCUAUCUACUCCUUCCCGGAGAAGAAACUGCGCGGGAAGCUCAAGGUCGACGAGAGUUGCGUGUUCGACCACUACCUCGUCCAGUUUUCGCGGUGUGGGUCCAGGUUGCUGUCGGUCGGGACUACCCCAACCUCCAACGAGUUGCGUGUGUGGGAUGUGGACAAGCUCGACUGUAUUGAAGGGUGCACCGCGGUGCUGCCGACGCGCGUCACGAUGGCAUCAUUCAAUCCACUCGACGCGCAAACGUUCAUGACGGUCACGGCGGACGCAGUCACCUUUUGGCGCAUAUGCCAUGGCAUGCACGGCCAGUGUUGUUUUAGCAAGGUCGACGGCGCGGCGUGGGGCGUCCAUGACGCGGCGCCGCAUCUCGGGAAAACCCAGUCCAGUCGUGCUCUCCUCGCAGGCGCAAACGACAAGCUGCCGGCGUUCAACGAUGACGGCGCCGCCGACGACGACGACGUCUCGACGCGGUAUCGCUACGUGAGCCACUGCUGGUCCAAGGCGGCAGGGCACAUCCACCUCGUGAAUGCGCGCAGCGAGCUCGUGACGCUCGACUCGGCCACCGGUGCCGUCGUCGCGCGUAUCGUCCCGCUGUCGCGCGCGCCCGUCAUGGCGACGGCGCUGGCACUGACCGCCGAGAGCCUCGUCGUGGGGUUUUCGGACGGCACGAUCCGAUGGCUGGCAUCCGACGACCUGACCCUCGUCCUGCAAACAACAGCGCUUCCCCAUCCGAUCACGGCAUUCGCGCUGUCCCCGACGUGUGUUGUCCUUGUCGCGGGAACGACCAACGGCGGCCAGUACGAGCUCAAGGCGUUCGUGGAGCCGGUCGAUGACGACGCACAAGACCGACAGCAGCAGCAGCAGCCUGCCGCAAAGUCCCUGGGCAUCAACCACACGGGCGCGAUCGUGGCGGUCUCGACGCUGCUUCCGGCAGGCGGCACCACCAACGACGCGGUCCUCGUCACAGGCGGCAUGUCUGGUCUCUUGCACGUAUGGGCGGUCGUGGGGUGUCGCAGCCUCGCUGCCGUCGACGUCUUGGAUCUGUUUGACAACACGUCGAUCGCGGCCACGUCCCAGCCGUCGUUUUCGUCGACGCCAGCGCUUGCGACGACUGGUCUUGCAGACACCGCCGCCGCCGCCGCGACUGCCGUUCCGAUCGUGAGUCUGGCCGCGCGAACCCUCGAUCCGAUCCUCGUGGUCGGCGACGCUGCUGGCCGGGUUCGCAUCGUCGGGCUGAGCAAGGCGACAACGUCCGUGGACGUCGCGCCGCUCCACACCGCGCGCCUCCUUCCUUCGACCGCUCCCAUCGAUCUCGUCGAACUGCAUCCGUCGCUGCCACUCGUCCUCGUCGCGUCGUCCGCCGACACGGCGGUGUUUGUCAUGUCGGUCGAGCCCGACAAGCAGUUUCGCGUCGUCGCGUUUAUCCGGACUGCGCACCGCCCGCAACUCAUCAAGUGGGUGCCAACGUCCAGCCUCGAGUCCACGUACUUUCUCGUGUCGACCGCCGCGCGCGGCGUCAGCUACGUGCUAGUCCCCAACAACCUCGACGACCGCCUCGCGACCGAGCUACCGCUAAUGCCCCUUGGCGCCGACCCAACUCUUCCGUUGGAAUGCCACGGCGGGGCGUUCCUGCUCACACCGGGGAAGCUCCUCGCGUACUUUAACCGCGGCGACAAGGCGCUGCACCUGGUCAAGGUGUACGACGCGCCUGGCGCGGCCAAGGACCGCGAGCUCAAGACCCUUGUUCUCCAUGCUCAUGCCAAGCCGAUCACGGCCAUCGCGCGCAGCAUCCUGUCGUCGAAAGACGGUCAAGAGAUUGUCGCGACCGGCGGCGCGGACGGCGUGGUCACGCUGUGGCUUGUCCAGACAAAGCGAUCGUCCAGCGCGGUCUUCCUCAAGGACGUCGACAUCAACGUGCGCAAGCAGCGCAGCCUCCCCAUCCACUCGGGGCCGGUCACGGCGCUCGUGUUCGCCACGUGCGACGACUACCUGUUUGUGUACUCGACGGGGGUGGACGGCGCGAUCUUUUGCAUUGACGUGCACGUCGAUCCGUCGGUCGUCAUGUUCAAGAGCGCCGCGGAAGGCGCUAGCCCAUUGUACGCGGCGAUUGUGGCCAAGGACAAGCAGGGGGCGCCAUUGUCGGAAAAGAAGCUUCGACUCGUCCUGGCCGACGACCCCAAACCGUUCCUGGACUUGUACGCCGACGAGCAGGCGGCGCUCGUGCGCGCCAAGUUUGAAGCCGUCAAAGAUGCGAUCCGCGGCCCCCUCGCGGAAAUCCAGCUCAAGCUCAAGACGAUGCUCCAGCAUAACGCCGAGUUGCCCGAGACGGAGGCGCUCGAGCGCCACGAAUUUGUCGUCAACCGGAGCCAGGAGGCUGCGCUGCUCGCUCAGAGCGACAAGAGGGCCAAGGAAGUCCGCCGCAACAUCAGUCGGCAGAUCGCCGAGCUCAACAUUGUCCGCGACCGCAUGCGUGUCGAGUUCUGGGACUCGGGCGAAGUCCACGGGGUCCAACUGCACGGCCUCCACUCGUCCCUGCAAGUGGUAAACCUGCCCAUGCGAAAGCUCGGUAAGGCGGAGGUCCGCCGCUUCGACACGAUCCUGCGGCUGCGAGAGCUUGAAUUCCACGCGGCGGUGGCCGAGCCGACCGCAACCAAGCAGCACUCGCUUCAUCGGCGCAAUUCAUCCAUGUACCAUCACAGCGACGUCAUUCCGCCCAACAUCUCGUGGAUGGUGAACGCUGGUUUGUUGCAUCCGUCGCUCGGAAAAAAGGUCGGUGUGGCCGACAUGGCGAGUGCGUCGGGCGGCGGCGCCGCGACGGAAAAGGGGGCAGCAAAAAAUGGAUCGUCGUCCAACGCGCAACAACCGGCCAAGGCGGCGACCUUGCCCGAUGCGACGGACGCCGCACGGGCAGACAGCGACCAAGGCCCGUCAUGUCUUCGGCUCGUGGACCUGAUCUACCACCCGGCCAUGAUUCGCACCCGCAACCAGCAGCGCACGCAGAUUCACCUGCUGCAAGCAUACGAGCGGCAUUUGAUCAUGCAGUACAACGCAGAAUUUGACGCGAUGGUCAAGGUCAAGGAAGCCAAGAUGGACGAGAUCGAAGGCAAGAACAGUCGGAUGCGCGAAAUUUGCGCCGAGCUCGGGCUCGACGCGUCGGCCACGACCGUCACGUGCAAGUGGCACCCGGACGAAAUCGCCGAUUCCAUGAUGCGUCUGCUGCCGGGGGAGGCGACCAAGGUGCCGUACGAGACGGACGAACGGCGCAAAGUCCGCGAGGCGGCCGAGGCGGCAGCGCGGCUCCAGGACGAGAAGAACAAGAAGGACGACGUGGCCGGGCGCGCGCUGGCGGACAUGAUGAACGGCACACUCGAGACGAAGAAGGAAACCAUCGUGGCGCACACGGUCGCGCGGGAGGCGUGGAUGGACGACGUCGCGCCCGACGACAUGACAGCCGAGCAAAAGCAAAAGGUCGCAGCAUUCGAAGCCGAAGCAAUCAAGGUGCUCGAAGACAAGGAAAAGGCCCGCAAAGCGCUCGACCUCGAGCUCAAGAAGCUCAAGGUCGACGUCGGUGACAUUUGCAAAGCAUUCGACGACAAGCUCAAGUGCCUCCAGGACCUGUACUUGGCGACGCGCAUGAGUGUGCUGACGCAGCAAAUGUACAUCUUGCGGCUCGGCGAGGUGCUCAUGGACCACGAGCACUGCUGUCACGAGAAGGAGCUGCUCCAGCGAGAGAUCGACACCAUCAUGGCCGACAUUCGAGCGUUGGAAGGCGAUGUGUCGCAGUUCACGGCGCACAUGGACGCGUGCCGCGAAGCAUGGCAAUACGCUGUCGACGAGGACAAAGCGUGCGAGAAAGCGUUCCCGAAAGAGAUCGAGGACGCCGCGGGCGGCACACCGCUCGAACACGACGUGAUGCGGGCGCUCGUGGAGCUGUACCGGAAGCGACGGCCCCAAACCGACGACGCCAAGGACGACCACAAGAUGAAGGCGGGGCGGAAGGAUGUCGGGUCGACGCGAUCUCUGGCGAGCGCCAAUAGCGUCGGCGACUUGGGCAAUUUGGACCCGUUCAGUCACGCAGACCGGCGCAGGAUGCACCCGAACAAGGCCGUCGAGGCGAAGCGCCUCCUCCCGCUCGAUCCUGACGUCGACCGCCCCGAGUCCAUCGCGACGGAUUCAGUCGUGUGGACUGUUUUGAACGAGUGCCGCGUCAAGAAGAUAACGUUGGAGCACGUUGUGCGGCGCAAGAACGACAUGUACAUGGAGGCGAAGGACGUCGUAGACGUCACGCGGGCCAAAGUCGCGGCGCUCGAGGACAAAGCCGACCGGUACUCGCGGGCGCUGCACGAACUCGUGGCCACGAUGGACCUGAACAGCGACAAUCACCCGAUCCUUGUCAAGAUCAAGCAGGGCCAGGACGAAGCGAGCGGCGGCGACGACCUUGUUACGCUCUUUGAAGAGACGGAGAGCGCUCUCCUCAUCGCGCGCCGCAGCGUCGAGUCGCUCAAUGCCACCAUCAUGGUCCACGGGAACGAGCAAGUGUCGAUCCUCGGCAAGAUCAAGAACUUUCGCAAGAACAUCAACUUGAUGGAAUGGGAGCACGCAUACCUCGAAAUGCUGACGCGCAACACGGAGGACCACUACACGGACCUCCAGCUGCUCCGCGUGACGAAGAACCUCCAGGAACUCAUCACGACCGGCGACGCGAGCGAAAAGCACAAGCAGGAGCAAAUCCUUCUCGAGUCCAAGCUCGCGUACAUGGGCAAGAGCCACCAGGUCCACCAACUCAAGCUGUCCAAGACGACCCAAGCGCUCAAGAACCAACUUGCCGACCGUCUCAAGGAAAACGAGCAGUUCAAGCGGCAGCUCCAGGAUUUGCAAACACACAUCCACAUCCGCGAAGACAUUGUGGCGAGUCGUCGAGCCUCCGCGGCUGUGACGUCCACGGGGCAGACGAAGAAGGGGUCGGCCAACCCCGGGAAAGAUAACAAGCUCAAGGCGAUCACGGUGCGCCGGAAGCUCAUCGAUUUGGCCAAGGCCCAGAGUGAAGAGAUCGAGUUCAUGCGCCAAGAACUGGACAAGAUUCGACGCCGGACGUUUCCCAGCUUUGUCCAGCCGAUGCAAGCACCUGGCGACGACGACGACUUCUUCCGCGACUAGCGUAUGCACGUAAUAUAGUGUUCUCGAGCGUCUCGCCGUGGGUUGUGCACGGCACUUGUCGCCCGCCGCUUUCUCGCGUGGCCGCCGAAUGACGCAC